AACAUAUUUUUGUUGUUACUAUGAUACAAUAUUUGUAAAUGUUGUUGCUGUGAUGGAAUGAUGCACAUCGUACUUUAUUACGUACGUUACAACGCGUACUUCAACAGUGCCGAGUUAACACGCGCGUAAUUGAUUAUGCAAUUGGCUUUAGUUAGAAAUCAGCAAUCUAAUUUGAGGUUUGAAAGUAAAAGACCUACCAAAAAUGUUAAGAUAAAUUGUUUAUUCUGACGUUUGUUUUAUCAUGAUGAGUCGUUAUUGCGGAAGAUGCGUUGAUGUAUGUUUGUAAAGAUUGUUUACUGUGACUCUAUAUAACUUUUUUCAAUAAACUUUCAUUGAAAAACAAAAAUGAAGACAUGUUUUCAAAAUCUAGUACAAGUUUUAUAUAAACAUUCAAACAACAUCAAAUUAGUACAACAUAUUACUUAAUACUGUUGUUAGUCGAGCAAGGAUUGACAUCAAUAUCUAAAUCCUUUUCUUUUUUUGGAGAGAAUGACUUUAAAAAAAUUUUCUUCAGGUAUAAAAUGUCAACACGACGCUCCGGACGCAGAACAGAAAGAGACGACGAUGAAAUCGAAGAAGUAGUAAGACAUAGACGUCAUCAAAAAAACCAUACAGAUGACGAAGCAUCACAAAGAUUGAGACGAAAGCAAGACUAUAGUGAUAAUAACAACGAUGGUUCGAGGAAAGGACACAUUGAAGAAGAUAAGUUUCACGAAGAAGAAAAAAGAAACAAAAAUCAUACCGAAAACGAAGAACCCGUGAGACGACACAGACCAAGAAAAAAAUACAGUGAAGAAGAAGAAAGCGAAAAGUCUAUUGAACACGACUCUAAUAAUAACAAAAAAGAUCAUAACAAUUUUCAAAUUGAUCAGCCGACAGCUGAAUCAAAGCCGUCAAGGCAAAGAACCCAACGGAAAGAAGACAAUAUAAGUGACGGUGAAAGUAUUGAAAUUAAUAAAAGGAGUAGAAGUAGAAAUGAAUCGACAGAAAGUAACGAAGAAGGAAUUACAAGAUCUAGAAGAAAACAACAUGAGUUAGAAAAUGAAAAUGAUAUUCUUGGUAAUACGAAUACUCCUAGAACAAGGGUACAGAGAAGAGAACAAAGUACGAAUGAAGUUGAAAAUAACGAAAUUGUUAGAAGACCUCGACAAAGAAGGGUAUUAACAGAAAAUGAAGAAAAUGAAACAAGAUCGCAAAAUGAUGGCAAAUACAUAAUUACUAACGAAAAAGAAAUAUCAGAAUCCGAAGACACUUUAAGGAGGGUAAAUCGACGGAGAAGAGAAAAUACAAAAGAAGAUAAAAAUAUUGAAGAAAAUUGCAGCAUUCUUAAAACUGAACAGAAUUUUAAACCUUCUCAUGAUGAAGCAUUAAUAUUAGCCAAUAAAAAGCAAAAUUUGCACGACGAUAAACAAAAAAACGAACUUGACAAACACGAUUCUUUUAGUAACAAAUUUCAGACACAAUCUCCCAAGAAUCAAGAUUGCUUAUCAGAAAAUAACAAAAAAGAAGAUAAUAAAAAUGAAACAAUCUACAAAAAAGAUAUUUCAGAAAAUAAAGUUACUGACAACGUAAAAAUUGUUCAAAAAUUACCAAACCCUGUUCUUGACCAAGAAAAAAAUAAAAUUGUUCAAAAAUCACCAAACCCUGUUCUUGACCAAAAAUCAACAAACCCUGUUCUUGACCAAAAAUCACCAAACCCUGUUCUUGACCAAGAAAAAAAUAAAAUUGUUCAAAAAUCACCAAACCCUGUUCUUGACCAAAAAUCACCAAACCCUGUUCUUGACCAAAAAUCACCAAACCUUGUUCUUGACCAAGAAAAAAACAAAAUUGUCCAAAAAUCACCAAACCCUGUUCUUGACCAAGAAAAAAACAAGUCAGAAACAGAAUGUAGAAACAUAGAAAAUAAUUGUUACAGUGACAGUAACGAAUCUAAAGCGAUGAUUAAUACUCAUGAGAAUAGAAAUGAGCAAGUAACAGACAACCAACAACAAAAGAUUGACAAUAUAAGUAUCGGAUGUGAGAAAACAAACAACGAGGAAAAUAAAAAGGUUAAAAGUUUUAGCGAUCAAACAAAAAAAAAUGUUGAAAAACUGAAAACAAGUAAAAAAAUAAUUCCAAGUGUUCCAGAAAAAAAAAUAACAACUAAUAAGUUUGCACCAACAAGUUCUUUUAACAAUAAAACUAAAGUUAUUUCUAAAGCUAUGGAGGAGAAGCAGAAACCUUUGUAUAACGCGUCUCCGCUUGAAAACAAUUUACCUUCAACUCCAUCUGCUUCGACCAAUUUUUCAACUGAUAUUUCUUCAUCCGAAUUUGAUUCAAAAUAUAUUUCCAAGAAUGAAGACGAAGUUAAAUCAGAAAACGAAUAUACAAAAAAUGUAAAAAGUGAAACUCAAAACAAUGGUUACUUUGAUGAUGUAAACAAUUUAAAUAAUCAAAACAAUAGUAACGCACAUGACGUCACACAUGAAAAUUUAAAUAACUCUCUUCCAAACAAAAAUUCUGAUAUAAACGACAAUAAUAUAAGCCAAGUUGAAACAAAUUACCAAAGUGAAUUAAAUUAUAAUGAAGUUACGAGUGAUUUACAUAACGGUCAUUUGAUUGAUGAAACAAAUAGCGAUCGUAUGGUUAAUGACGUAAACUUUUAUAAUAAUAAAUUAAAAGAAUCUUUAACAAAUAUAAAAAGCUCUUAUUCUGGUUCUCAGUUAAUUGAUAGUCUAAUGGACACUUAUUUGAAUCAAGACUAUUUACCAGGAGCGAGCAGUGUAAAAUCUCACGGAAGUAAAAAAGAAAGUGGAAAGCAACCUCCUUUUGUGAAAGCUAAACCUAAUGUUGAAUCAAAAAAUUUAAAAGAACCAGAACAAGUUUACGUAGAAUGGCCACCCAAAGAGCCACCACAAGAUAUUGGUGCAUACAUAGUUGAAAGUUAUGGAAAAACUGAUCCUUACUCCAAAAAGCUAAUUAAAGAUAUUCAAAGAAGUAAAAGAGAAGAAGAAGAAAAGCGUGAAGCAGAAAAAAGAGCCGAAAUUGUUUCAGAAAAUACACAAGCAGUCUCUAUUCUUCGAUCAACGUUCAGUUAUAAGCCAGCAACACCAAAAGCUGGCGUGCAGAAACCCACUUUAGCUGUUGCAGAAGAAAGGUCAUGGAUAAAACAUGAGAAAAAACCUGAAGAAUUUGAUAGUACACCAAGUGAACCGGAUUGGAUGACUCUUGUUCGUAACAGAAGAUGGAAAUCAACAGUUCGAGCAAGAUUCCCCGGUAAAUCAUCCGAUAAAACUGAUUUUGAACGACGGUCAACAACGCCUAAAAAUUGGAAAAACUUAGCUAAAGAUAAGCAAGCUUUACAAGCUUUGUCUGAAGUUGUUGGAAUCGGAGCUGAAGGCGAAGAGCUGCUCAUGAGGUUAGCAAGCCAACGUAAUAAAAUUGAGGAAAAGCAAAAAGAAUUAGACAAACAAGCGCAAGAAGAGUUACUAGCGUAUGAGGUAGCAAGAGAGAGGUUGGGAAGUGAUACAGCAUAUAGCUUACAAAUGGACAACCCACUUCCUGCAGCUCGGAUGAAAUUGAAUCCAUCAUAUCCAGGUGUAUCGGCAGAUAGCGUUUAUGGCAGUAAAGAGAGUCUUAACAGUAAUAACUAUCCGUUUACUAACUCACAAUUGGAGGCGGCCUACCUUACCAACAAGCUCCUUAGGCUGCACCCUGAAGAACUAAAAAAACUAAUAUCUUUAGAAAGAUCACGCCAGGCUACUUUAAGAUGGCAGUUUUCAGCCGAUAAGUUUGAUUCAGUACACGAUCACCAAAACUUUCCGAUUGAUGUUGCUCUUCUUGCAUCACAAGAACCUCGUCUCAUGAAAACAAUGAAAAUGCUGCUUUCCAACGAAAAUAAAGAUGAAUACGAAUCGGAGUAUUCUACAAGAUCGGAUUCGCGAAACCGAACGCAAUCUGACUGCACUUACAUGGGCGAUUCUGACGGAUACGAAAGUAGCAGCAGUCAUACAUCUUCUGUGGCAAGUACUAGAAGUUUUAAAAAAAAAGCUCCGGUACCUCCACCUAAAAAAAACAGUGAAAAUGUACUUAAUCCGUACACGUCUUCACUUCCUAGACGAACAACACAAAAAUCUUCAAAAUAUCAAGACAUUAACGAUAACAGAGAAGUUUUUCAACACGGUUUUUUAACGGACGAAGAGUUAUCAAUGAGCGAUGAAAUAGAAAAAAUGCAGGAAGCAUUGCGACGCGGUGAAAAAAAAGCAUAUGAAGAACUAAGAAAUAAAACCAGUACACCAUUACUCGGUUUUUUUGAAGAUAUCGCACAAGCGCAAAUAAAACCUUGUGAUUUCACAAAAGAAAUAAACCAGGAAGAGAUUGCGUCUCGGCGCCAAAGUUUUAUAGAACAGGACAAUAAAUCAAACAUGGAUGCCCCAGAAAUUAUACCAACUACACGUCAUAAAGUUAAACGAAUAAACAGUAAUGCACAGUUAAACGCAUUGUUUAGAAAGCGUCGUGAAAGAUCCGAGUCAGACUGUGAAAAUAAUUCUAGUGAUCAUCAAUCAGACGAAAAGCCGUCUGAAGAAAUGAAAAAUUUGCUUACUAAUAUUACUAAUACGUUUGGGCAAUAAUAUUACAAGACUUUAUAAAGUAUGAAGGUCAACUUUAAAAAAAAUUUUUAGCUCCAUUUUUUAAAUAGGUAAAAAAAAUUAGCAUUUUAAAUAGCAUCGUAUUUAAGCAUAAAUUAUUGUAAUUUUUAUUCAAAAACUUUCAGCUUUAACAAGUACACCAAUCGUUUUUACAUUACAUAGUAGAUAGUAUUUAAUAUUUACAAUUUCCAUGUUUAAACUUACCAAGUAAGAAUACAUUGUUAAUUUGCUUUA